GUAGAGCGAUGGACUGGAGGAUAGCCGUUCCCUUUUGUAGCCUGCUGCUUUUAGGGUUUUGUGGAUACCCACCACGAGGAGAGGAGGUCCUGCCGGGAAGCGUGCUUCUGCCCGCCACUAGGAGAGGGCGGUACCUCGCCAACAUUGUGAAACGGCAGGCUGUCGACGGAACUGGAAUAAAAUUCAACGAAGAUGCAGAUCGAAUGAACGCGGAAUCAAAGAAGAAGGUGGACGUGCUAUCGGAGGAGCUCCUGCCGUACAUCAUCGCUGAGCAGGAGCGUCGCACCACGCUGUUCCGGCGCAUCAUGACCGCCAUCCAGAACGGGGAGAAGGGCGUCACGGUGGCAGAGGUCAGGAACAAGCACCCGCUUCUGAUCAGAAGAGGUUUGAUGUACCGCUGCCCAUCGAACCGCGCCAUAAUAGAACCUGACGGAUCAGGGAUCAUGAUGUGCGAGAACGACGUGGAGCCCUCCCCGAUCAUGUACGACUCCUGUCUGAGCGCAGAGGAUAAGGACGUCUAUGUCGCUCGGAAUAAGUUCUUCUUUUGCAAUCGCCACAAGGUGGAAGGGCCGGACCUGCCGAAGAACGGCAGCACAGUGAUCGGGUGCGCGCCUUCUGAGCGCACGUCGCUCAACUACACCUACAAGAAGUGCGCACUUGAGGAGACCGAAGACGUGGUAGUGCAGUACCGGUACUACCCAGACAAGACUUACAAGUUCGUGAACGAUUUGGACCCGGAUCACGAGGUGUGUGACCACUGGAACCCCUGCCAAGUGGGCUACAUCUUCAGCCUGCCCUCCGCCGACCAGGCCCUCCCGGCCAAUGAACUGUGGCAUGAUUACGACCCCGACGGCUAUGACUUCAAUGACGAAUUCGUGCACCGAGACACAGAAUCAUAUCGAGCAAGCCCUCGAAGGAUAAAAGGGGCCCGUGUAAAAAAUGAAUCAUUUUGGAUAGAGUGUUUUUGGAAAAGAGGAUCAAGUUUUACAGGCCAGAAUCAUGGUACAUAUGAAUCGGAUAGAUGGUAUUACAAAGACCCGUAUUAUUAUACAGAAUUACUUUUGCGUCAUUCAGGAGACAGCUCUUAUUCAAUUAUACAACGUGAAAACUACAAUAAAUACCAUUUUCUUACGAUCAACCGAACAGAUCUGGUAGUUCACGAAAUUUCUCUAAACCUGGCGUUAGGACAGAUAGGGGCUGUCCAUACCAUCUCGUUCCAAGGGAAAGGCCACCGCGUCAAACAUGUGAGAGUGCGCGCUAAGACGUGGCAGGUCUACAACCUACAUCCUACCGUGUGCAAGAUUAAACAUGAUGACAGAGGGGCAGGCACUAUCGAAAUAAACCUGGGACUUAUGUCAAAGAAGAGUUUUGGGCAUUACUUCGCGAUCGUAGACAGCCCUGAAGGCGUAGAGGAAAAAAUAAGAAUCAUGCAAGUACAUCAGGCAGACCUCAAAUCGACGCACGUGGUCACAUCGUUUGCCGUGGGCGAGCCGGCGGAGGCGACGAUGACGUACGAUUGUCCACAGUGCCAGCUGGUCAACGUCCUCUGCAACGGUGCCGACGUGCUGGACAACGGACACGUUGUCCCGGAGCCUCCCAACACUAUCAAGAUCAAUUAUCCGAGACAACUGUAA